AAAAGUGUCAUAGUGUUUGUUAUGUUAAUUUGAAGGCAUAAUUAUAUCCCGGCUUUUUAAUUGAUCUUUGCGUUUGUCACAAGUUUUUAUAAUUUUUAAGAAUUGUGUUGUAAAAAGUUUGUUUAUAGCAGUGUUAACAACAAGUGCAGAAAGUUAUAAUUUUAUAUUUGAAACAAAAGAAGCAUUUGUUGACUUACAAAGAAAAAGCCAAGAAGACACAACACCAUUUCUUACACGCUUGAAUUUGAAACAUGUAGAGAAAAUCUCUGUCGCGAAUGAAAUGGCAACGUCAACAUUCUUCAUUUCUGUUUUGUGCAAUUAAUGUGACCACAAACUUUCUUAGUAAAUUCAAAAUAAUUUCGUAAGAAACCAGUGUUGUACUAACUAGGUGUACUUUUUGAAAAUUUUAAAUAAUUCGCUUUGUGUGGUCAUAACAUUCAUAACAAAAACUGCGCUUAUUGGUGAUUCCUCGCUUAUUUCAUAUUUUCUGGAUAAAAGUGGGAUGCUUUUGUUCACCGGAAAAUAACUCCACUUGUCGAACUGGUUUUUAACUUUCUUCGCCGAACUAAGCGAUACACAAAUACUCACUACACCAACGUAAGCUAUUACGGUGGAACACGGACAGAAUUCCUCGGUUAGUACACACAAGUACCAUUAAAAGAAGUCUGGUGUCAAAGCAGUCUUUAGUUACUCAGUCAGUGAGUUUUUAGGCGACAAAUCAUUUGUAUCUUAAUGUUUGGAAUCUCAGCAGGCAAUAAAACAGGCAGCACCAUAAAAUUGCUUAAUAGCAAACAGUGGAGCUAUCUGAACCAAUGCGCCAAUUACUUCAGAAAGUUUUAGUGUUCUUGCUUGGUCCUUUGAUUCAUAACCGUUUUGGCAAUCUUAAAGAGCAUUUCAAAAUAAGCCAACUAUAAAUAACAACUGAAAAAAUGUCUUCGUCGCGUAAUAAAUUCUUUAGUAGCGGUAAAUUAUCAAAUAAGUCUGGUUCGUCAGGUCUCCGCAUACUUUGGAUACCGGGGGGACGUAAAAGCCAUCCCAAAGGUCGUUUCGACUCGACCAACAAGCAUGUACCGCACAAAGGUGAACAAAAGAAAAACGAGGUGUGGUCCUUGGGUGGGAGUAAAAAUCAAAAAGACCUAUUCGAAGCUGAUCCUGACAAUAACCUCUUUGACGGUCCUUCAGUUUCUGGCAUAACGUCAGCUGCUUGUGCCCUAGGCACUGUGGGUGUGGAGAAAUGUACCAACUCAACAACUACACCAACCAUAUCUAUCUCAACAGCCGAAGGCAGCUUAAGCGCUGAUGCUAAUGUUCAUAACGCAGCACAAACCCCCAGUAGUACAGCCUCUACAACACCUCUAGUAUCUAUACCGAACAGCCCCGAUACUGGUGCCACACCGAAAUUAAUUGUUAUAACAACUGCUAGUACAACGGAGAGUGACAAAAGUCUAAGCUCUAGCAGUAUGCCAGCCAAAACUGGGUUUACAACUGUGACCACAACCACAACGGCAGAAAUAAUGGAUGAGAAUCGUUUUUCAAUUCUCGGCAAAGACAUUUCAAACGAGAUCGACGUAUAUGACCUGCCAUCACCACCUAAAAAUGGUAUUAAUACUCCACCACCUGAGGGUGCAACGAGUGUGCUCUUGAAUACAUCGGCUGGUACGACGACUUCAACAGCGACCACACCGUCGCCGUCUAACACACCUAAACAACAUAGUGAACGAGAUUCUGUGGCUAGUUUAUCCCCAAAAAAAAAGCAUCAAUAUAAAAAUGAAAAUAAUAAUCAUCAGAAUGAUAUUGAUUCCAUCGAAAGUAUAUCCGAUAAUACAAAAUUGCCAAGUAACGAUCUUGAAUGGAUUGAUGAGCUAGUUCUCGAACGCAAUGGCAAGGAAUUGCUCAGUAAGAAGAACAAGAAAAAGAAAAAGAAGAUCUCAACUACGAAGGAAUUAGACCAACUUGACGGCGUAUCGAGCAAGCAAAACGCCAAAGACGGCGCUCCCGAUGAAGACGAUAAAGUGGUAAAGUGUCUUUACUACACAUUGAUGUGCUGCGAUUGUACAAUCUCUUAAUAGACCACUUAGUCCUGAACAACAAUUAUUUUUAAACAAAAAUAUGCAGUUAAGAAACUUUGUAUACAAUGUUUUACAAAAUCAAAAUAUUUAAUUAAACGAGUCUGUCCAGUAUAUAUAUAUAUAUAUAUUUAUAUAAAUACAAUUAAUAAUAUAAAAUGCAAGACGAACUUGCAUUCGCUGAAUUACUUAAGAGAAAUUGCCAAUUGUUAACAUGAAAUAUUCCUGCUGAUUAGUUAGUACGUAAGGUAAAUAUAUAUGCGUUUAAGAGCCCUAUAUUGAAGAAUAAAUACGCUCUUAAUAUUUUUGUAUUUAAUACAAAAUAAUUAAUAAGUUAUUGUUAUGUAAUAAAAAACAUUCA